AUGCUGUACCGUGUAUUAGUGAUUCCUGAAGCUGCCACAAGAGGGCAGUGUUGUUCUAGUGCGGCGAACAAUGAAACGUCAUCACGCUGCGCCUCCUCGCUCAGACGUGUUGCACAGAAAGGAACUUGUUCGAGCGGUGGAGCGUCAAUUCCAUACAUUGUUUUGAAGAGUUUGACAGGAAAUAAGGAUUUGACUAAUUCAGGAAGCCGCCCUCCUCCUCCCUCCUCCUCCUCCUCCUCUUUGAGAACCCCUUCCUCUGCGUCCAUGGAGUCCGACGGGAGUGACCCUCCAGCUCCCAGCCGGGCGCCUGUGGCUGAAGUGUUCAACUCCAUCCGGGAGCGAGCGAUCGCGGAGAACAGCAUGGUGGUCCUGCUGCAGGGUCUGCAGGGAGAGGUGACCACGGUGGACCUGAGGAACGAGAGCACGGCGCGCGGCCGCGUGGUCAACGUGGACGCUUUCAUGAACGUACGUCUGGAGGACGUGCUGUACAGGGACAGAGGGGGCAAGCUCAGCAAGCUCCAGGACCUGUUCAUCACGGGCAGGAACAUCCGCUACGUCCACAUCCCGGACCACGUGGACAUAAUGAAGACCAUGCAGAGCCAGCUGGCCAAGAUCCACCGGGUCCGCAACUUCGCCAGUCACGGAGGAGGCCGGAAAGAGUACGCAAAGAAAAAAAAUUAACUUUUUUUUGUGGAGGUUGACUAGUUUGGCAAGACUCCUACAACAAUACUUUGGUACAACAAGCCGUUUUUCCUCUUUGCAGAUUUGGCUGGCUCAGGGGAUAGGUAAAUAGAUAGAUAAAAAAAGUCAGCAAUGCAGAAAUGCUUUCUUUUUGACAUUUUUCUUAUUUGAAAUGUGUAGAAAUAGUUUUUACCUUCACCACAGGCCUCUGAAAAGCCAAAUGAAAGGACGUGGAAGGGUAAAACAUCCCUCUGUUUGAACUGCUCUCAACUCACACAAGUGAUGAGAAGGGCGGCGAUAUAGCCAGACAAAUCUCAUUUUACAGUCUUUUUUUUUUUUGUUGACUACGUUAUGCAUUUUUAGGGUCUACAUAAUGACCCCAGUGAAAGUAAAAACUUCCCUGAGCCCAAGUUGGCCCUACAUCUCCCGUUGUCUUUUCAUCUGACCAGACACUGACAUUCUGUGAAGCUGGUGAAUAUUUUGGUUUCUUCUUCAGAAAUGUUUCUUUGAAUUGAUGACUCGACUGCUAGUUGCAGCUCUACAACGCAACUUCUGCGAUGAACCACUGGACCAACCCAUGAGUGUUUGGUAAUGCAGUUUGAAGUUUGUAAUUGACACAAAACGUUUUCUUUUUCAAUAGAAAUUAAAAAAUAAUUAUGAAUGAAGACGCUCACAAUUAAAAACGGGCUCCGCAAAAGCCAUCUCUGUUUCAGCGCGUGUCUGCCGUAUCACGCCACAGGGAACACAAUCGGGUGCAGUAGUGGCUCGGUGUGUUUUGCCGUUUAGCACCACGGUAAGUUAAUAACCGCCCGCAUGCAGGGCGGCGUUAGUCACCGCCAGUGCAGCCCGGUGGAGGGAAAACAAGCGGCCGUGUUUCCUCACAGACAUCUGUGCUGCGUGCAUCACGGCGGGGGGUGAGAGGACCGAGAGGGUCUCGCUAGGAAACGGCCUGCUCAGUGUUCUCCCGACGCAAAAACACCAUUGGGAAUUUGAGGAAUCUGCAUAAGGGGGGGGGGUGUUAUUCCCACUCCGUGUCAGGAAGAGAGCUGGCCUGACAUAACGCAGGCGGAGGCCGCUCUGUAGGGAUGGCAGAAGAAGCAAUGCGCACGCAGGAAUGUCCCUCGGCGGUUGGGUCAUUGUUUUGGCCGCGGCCUCGGUGUUUUUUUUCUUUUCGGGACGUUAUUUGUCUUUUGAGGGCAUCUGAAUGACAGCAGCUCACAUAAUGACUGCUUGCCGCUGCGCUAAAUAACACGGCCGAGCACCACAUCAACACUCGGCACACUCAGAAUAGCACUUUACAGAGGUUCCACCGCACAAACAGGCCUUUACAGGACGUAGCACGGCUCCACCUGUGGUCAGAGCAGUACUCCGUUCUCAUGGCUUUUAGUACAAGUACCAAAACACCUUGUUAUAAAUAGUCUCAGCUUCCUUAAGUGGAAAUAAGGAAAUGUUAUCAGACAGAUUUGUAGUAGCAGAUGAACCGUAUUCAAAUACAGUAGAACUCAAGAGGUCAUUCGCUAUUUGUCUUUCACUUCUACUCCUCUACAUUUGCAAAUUAAGAUUAGUACUACAAAAUGGAUCAAAGAUAAAUUGUAAUAAUAUUUCAAUACUUUUAAUAUAUUUUAACGUGUCUAUACAAAUACUUCAACACAAUUUGCAUUAGAAGGAGUUUUUUUAGAGUACCAAAGUGGAGUAGAAGUAUAAAAUAGUUUACUUAAUUAAAGUUAAGGAGUAAAUGCACUAAAUAAACACUUGCUGCCUCUACUGUUUGCUUGAUAAACUCCACUAAAGACACAAACUGCACUAACGAGGUCUUUUUCUCCGCUUGACGCUGAAAUUAAAAACACAAAGAGCACAGUUUACCCAAAGGCCGCCCUGUGCCCACAGCAGCCGGGCUGCUAUUUCCUGUCCCACCCUCCCAGCUUCACAGAGAACAGACCUCCUUGUGGGACGUCUGCGGCCAGCCCCCCCCCCC